AUGAGGAUGAGGCUCGAGGAAGGUGUUCGAGAAGGACGAUUGUCUAGAGAGGAGGUGUCGUCCAGCAAGAGGAACGACAAUAGUUUAAGCAAGAAGAAGGACAGGGAAGCUAAUGCAUUACUUGAGUUGGGUCUUGAAGAUUGUGUGGAUGAAAUUGAUGCACAGAGACUCUUUGGCUAUGCUCUUUAUGAGGAUGGGAAAAACACCAAGUUGUCUUAUCCCUUAGAAAAUUUUGACUCUAAUUCAGCCCUAGUUGAUGGAUUAUGUAAAGCAGGAAAACCGGAAGAUGCAAAAGGGGUUUUGGCUGAGAUGAAGAACUUUGGUUUGAAACCUGAUACGGUUACCUACACUUCUCUGAUCAAUUUUUUCUUUAGGAAUGGGCAAAUUGACGAGGCUAUAGAGUUGCUUAAAGAAAUGAAGGAAAAUGAAUGCGAGGCUGAUACUGUUACAUUCAAUGUGAUACUCGGAGGCUUGUGCAGAGAAGGUAGAUUUGACGGGGCUUUGGAUACGAUUGAGAAACUCCCACACCAAGGUGUCUAUUUGAACAAAGGUAGUUACAAGAUUUUACUUGAGUUGGGUCUUGAAGAUUGUGUGGAUGAAAUUGAUGCACAGAGACUCUUUGGCUAUGCUCUUUAUGAGGAUGGGAAAAACACCAAGUUGUCUUAUCCCUUAGAAAAUUUUGACUCUAAUUCAGCCCUAGUUGAUGGAUUAUGUAAAGCAGGAAAACCGGAAGAUGCAAAAGGGGUUUUGGCUGAGAUGAAGAACUUUGGUUUGAAACCUGAUACGGUUACCUACACUUCUCUGAUCAAUUUUUUCUUUAGGAAUGGGCAAAUUGACGAGGCUAUAGAGUUGCUUAAAGAAAUGAAGGAAAAUGAAUGCGAGGCUGAUACUGUUACAUUCAAUGUGAUACUCGGAGGCUUGUGCAGAGAAGGUAGAUUUGACGGGGCUUUGGAUACGAUUGAGAAACUCCCACACCAAGGUGUCUAUUUGAACAAAGGUAGUUACAAGAUUUUACUUGAGUUGGGUCUUGAAGAUUGUGUGGAUGAAAUUGAUGCACAGAGAGUCUUUGGCUAUGCUCUUUAUGAGAACGGGAAAAACACCAAGUUGUCUUAUCCCUUAGAAAAUUUUGACUCUAAUGUAUAUGGACGAAGCUUUCAAGGAAAUAUUUAUCGUGCUAAAAAUGUUAUUGAGUUUAUGAAAAAUAAUGGAUGUUUUCCUAAUGUAUUCAAUUACUCAGCCCUAGUUGAUGGAUUAUGUAAAGCAGGAAAAUCGGAAGAUGCAAAAGGGGUUUUGGCUGAGAUGAAGAACUUUGGUUUGAAACCUGAUACGGUUACCUACACUUCUUUGAUCAAUUUUUUCUUUAGGAAUGGGCAAAUUGACGAGGCUAUAGAGUUGCUUAAAGAGAUGAAGGAAAAUGAAUGCGAAGCAGAUACUGUAACAUUUAAUGUGAUACUCGGAGGCUUGUGCAGAGAAGGUAGAUUUGACGAGGCUUUGGAUACGAUUGAGAAACUCCCACACCAAGGUGUCUAUUUGAACAAAGGUAGUUACAAGAUUUUACUUGAGUUGGGUCUUGAAGAUUGUGUGGAUGAAAUUGAUGCACAGAGAGUCUUUGGCUAUGCUCUUUAUGAGGAUGGGAAAAACACCAAGUUGUCUUAUCCCUUAGAAAAUUUUGACUCUAAUGUAUAUGGACGAAGCUUUCAAGGAAAUAUUGAUCGUGCUAAAAAUGUUAUUGAGUUUAUGAAAAAUAAUGGAUGUUGUCCUAAUGUAUUCAAUUACUCAGCCCUAGUUGAUGGAUUAUGUAAAGCAGGAAAACCGGAAGAUGCAAAAAGGGUUUUGGCUGAGAUGAAGAACUUUGGUUUGAAACCUGAUACGGUUACCUACACUUCUUUGAUCAAUUUUUUCUGUAGGAAUGGGCAAAUUGAUGAGGCUAUAGAGUUGCUUAAAGAAAUGAAGGAAAAUGAAUGCGAGGCUGAUACUGUUACAUUCAAUGUGAUACUCGGAGGCUUGUGCAGAGAAGGUAGAUUUGACGAGGCUUUGGAUACGAUUGAUAAACUCCCACACCAAGGUGUCUAUUUGAACAAAGGUAGUUACAAGAUUGUACUAAACUCGUUAAAUCAAAAAUGA